AUGUGGGAUCCUGGUGCAUGCAAGCUCUGGCAGUCUGGAUCUGUGCUUAUCUGGAGAGGAACCCUGAGAACAGACUCUUCCAUGUCUAAAACCAUGGCUCUUGGAUCAGUGACGUUUAGGGAUCUUGCCAUAGACUUUUGUCAGCAAGAAUGGGAAUGUCUCGACCUUACUCAGAAAACCUUGUACCGGGAUGUGAUGAUGGAGAACUAUGCUAACUUGCUCUCCCUAGGAUAUCCCAUUUCUAAGCCUGAUGUAAUCACAUUGUUGGAGGAAGGAAAAGAGCCCUGGAAGAUUGUGAAGGAAGAAACGAGAAGAUGGUGUAUUGAUUUGAAGCCAAAAUGUGAAAUAGUUAACCAUGGAAAAGUACGUAUCUAUACAAAACAUCCAUCUGUUACUCUUUAUGAAGAAAUCCUUAAUAGAGAGAAACUCUACCAAUGUGAGAAAUGUGGGAAGGGCUUUGCUCAUCAUACAGACCUUACAGAACAUCACAAAGUUCACAUUGGUGAGAAACUCUAUGAAUGUCAGCAGUGUGGAAAACUCUUCAAUCGGGCCUCCAAUCUUCUGCAGCAUCAGAGAAUUCAUACUGGUGAAAAGCCGUACAAAUGUGAAGAAUGUGGAAUGACCUUCAGUCGUAGCAUAGACCUUAGAGUGCAUCAAAGAAUUCAUACUGGUGAGAAGCCCUAUGAAUGUGAAGAGUGUGGGAAGGCCUUUAGUCGUGCCUCCUACCUGACUCAGCACCGUAGAGUUCACACUGGUGAAAAAUCCUAUGUGUGUCAUGAAUGUGGGAAGGCCUUUAGUCAACGUGGAGGACUUAAAAUACAUCAGAGAAUUCAUACUGGUGAGAAACCCUAUGAAUGUAAGGAAUGUGGGAAAACCUUCAGUCAAGCCUCUUACCUUAUGCAGCAUGACAGAAUUCAUACUGGAGAACGACCCUAUGAGUGCCAUGAGUGUGGGAUGACCUUCAGUCGGGUUAUAGAUCUUAGAGUGCAUCAUCGGAUCCAUACUGGUGAGAAACCCUACAGAUGUAAAGAGUGCGGGAAAGCCUUCAGUCGUGCUUCAAAUCUUGUUCAACAUGAGAGAAUUCAUACUGGGGAGAAGCCUUAUAAGUGUAAAGACUGUGGGAUGACCUUUACUCACGUGUACCAACUUACCCCGCAUCAGAGAACACACACAGGUGUGAAACCCUAUGAGUGUAACAAGUGUGGGAAGGCCUUCAGUCAUGCCUCUGUACUUAUUCGCCAUGAGAGAAUUCAUACUGGUGAGAAACCCUAUAAAUGUAAAGAAUGUGGGAAGGCCUUUAUUCAUGAUGGAAGUCUUAAGAUGCACCAGAGAAUUCAUACGGGUGAGAAACCCUACGAAUGUAAAGAAUGUGGAAAGGCCUUGAGUUGUAUCUCAAGCCUUGUUAAGCAUCAACGCAUCCAUACCGGUGAGAAACCCUAUGAGUGUAAGGUGUGUUGGAGGGCCUUCACUCAUGUCGAAAGCCUUAAAGUACAUCAUAGACUCCAUACAGGUGAGAAACCCUAUGAAUGUAAAGAGUGUGGGAAGACUUUCAGGAGUGGCCAUCAACUUGUCAUCCACCAUAGACUUCAUACAGGAGAGAAACCCUAUGAGUGUAAGGAGUGUGGGAAGGCCUAUAGUGUGUGUGGAAGACUUACUCGACAUCAGAGCAUUCACAGAGGUGAGAAGCCAUUUGAAUGUAAGAAAUGUGGGAAGUCUUUCAGCUAUAAAUCAAGUCAUAGCUACCUUGCCCAACAUAAUGGAAUUCAUAUUGGUGAGAAACCCUAUGAAUGUGAAGAAUGUGGGAAAUCGUUUAUCUGCUUCUCAACCUUGAUUCAGCACAAGAGAAUCCAUACUAAUGAGAGACCCUAUGAAUGUAUGGAAUGUAGGAAGACUUUCAGGCAGAGUGCAAAUUUAACCAGACAUCAAAGAGUUCACAGUGGUGAGAAACCCUAUGAGUGUAAUGAAUGUGGGAAGGCCUUUACUUGGCUUUCAAACUUGAACAAACAUCAGAGAAUUCACAAAGGUGAGAAACCCUUUGAGUGCAAAGAUUGUGAAAAGGCUUUUCUCUGUUACUCAACCUAUAUUCAACACCAGAGAACUCAUACUGAUGAGAAACCCUAUGAAUGUCAGGAGUGUAGGAAAGCCUUUAGGCAGAGAGGACACCUUACCCAACAUCAGAGAAUCCACACUGGCGAGAAGCCAUAUGAAUGCAAGGAGUGUGGGAAGGCUUUUGCUUGUGUUUCCUACGUUAAUAGACAUCAGAGAAUUCACACUGGGGAGAAACCAUACGAGUGUAAAGAAUGUAAGAAGUCCUUUAUUGAUUGCUCAACUCUUAUUCAACAUCAGAGAAUUCACACUGGGGAGAAGCCCUUUGAGUGCCAGGCAUGUAGGAAGGCCUUUAGGCAGAGGGCCCAUCUCACUCAGCAUCAAAGAAUUCAUACUGGUGAGAGACCCUAUAAGUGUAAGGAUUGUGGGAAGGCCUUUACUUCUCAACUUACUUUUCAUCAGAGAAUUCACACGGGUGAGAAACCUUAUCAGUGUACAGAGUGCGGGAAGGCCUUCAGGCAGUGUGCCCACCUCAGCCGGCACAAGAGAAUUCACGCUUCUGACAAACUCUAUGAAUGUAAGAAAUGCGGAAAGAUUUUUACAUGUAGCUCAGACCUUCGAGUACACCAGAGAGUUCAUACGGGUGAGAAACCUUAUGGAUGUAAGGAAUGUGGGAAAGCCUUCAGAGUUCGAGGACAACUUAAUCUUCAUCAGAGGAUUCACACUGGUGAGAAACCCUAUGAAUGCAAGGAAUGUGGGAAGACCUUUCGGCAGUAUGCACACCUGACCCGACAUCAGAGACUCAACACAGCUGAAAGGCGCUAUGAGUGUAAGGAAUGUGGGCAGGCUUUUCUGUGUAGUACAGGCCUUCGAGUACAUCACAAACUUCAUACUGGUGAAAAACCGUUUGACUGUAAAGAGUGCGGAAAGGCCUUUAGAGUGCGGCAGCAGCUGACUCUCCAUCAGAGAAUUCACACUGGUGAGAAGCCCUAUGAUUGUAAGGAGUGUGGGAAGACCUUCAGUCGUGGCUAUCAUCUAACUCUCCAUCAGAGAAUUCACACUGGUGAGAAACCUUACGAAUGUAAAGAGUGUCAGAAGUUCUUUCGUCGUUACUCAGAACUCAUUUCCCACCAAGGCAUUCAUAUUGGAGAGAAACCUUAUAAUUGUAAGGAGUGUGGGAAGGCAUUUAGACUAUUCUCACAACUUACUCAACAUCAGAGCAUUCAUUUUGGUGAGAAACCCUAUCAGUGUAAGGAUUGCGAGAAGACUUUUAGGUUGCUCUCACAGCUUACUCAACAUCAGAGUAUUCAUACCGGUGAAAAACCUUAUGACUGUAAAGAAUGUGGAAAGGCUUUCAGACUUCAUUCUUCGCUUACUCAGCAUCAGAGAAUUCAUUCUGGUGAGAAACCCUACAAAUGUAAGGAAUGUAAGAAGGCAUUCAGACAACAUUCACACCUUACGUAUCAUCAACGGAUUCAUAAUCGAAUUCAUACUGGUGAGAAACCUUAUAAGUGUAAAGAAUGUGGCAAGGCUUUUGGUAGUGGUGCAAACCUUGCUUAUCAUCAGCGAAUUCACACUGGUGAGAAGCCUUAUGCAUGUAAGGAGUGUGGCAAAGCCUUUGGUAGUGGCUCCAACCUUACCCAUCAUCAAAGAAUUCAUACUGGUGAGAAACCCUAUGAAUGUAAGGAUUGUGGGAAAGCCUUUAGUUUUGGAUCAGGCCUUAUUCGACAUCAGAUCAUUCACAGUGGUGAAAAGCCGUAUGAAUGUAAGGAGUGUGGGAAGUCAUUCAAUUUUGAAUCAGCCCUCACCCGGCAUCAAAGGAUUCACACAGGUGAGAAACCUUAUGAAUGCAAAGAUUGUGGGAAAGCUUUUGGCAGUGGUUCCAACCUUACUCAGCAUCGGAGGAUUCAUACUGGUGAGAAACCUUAUGUAUGUAAAUCAUGCGGCAUGGCAUUUAGUAGUGGUUCAGCUCUCACUCGGCAUCAGAGAAUUCAUACCGGAGAAAAACCAUAUAUAUGUAAUGAAUGUGGGAAGACCUUUAGUUUUGGAUCAGCCCUGACUCGUCAUCAAAGAAUUCACACUGGUGAGAAACCUUACAUGUGUAAGGAAUGUGGGAAGGCUUUUAAUAGUGGCUCAGACCUCACUCAGCAUCAGAGAAUUCACACUGGUGAGAAACCCUAUGAGUGUAAGGAGUGUGAGAAAGCCUUUAGAAGUGGUUCAAAACUCAUUCAGCACCAAAGAAUGCACACUGGGGAAAAGCCUUAUGAAUGCAAGGAAUGUGGCAAGACCUUUGGUGGUACUUCACACCUAACUCAACAUCAGAGUAUUCAUACUGGGGAAAAGCCCUAUGAAUGCAAGCAAUGUGGAAAGGCCUUUAGUCGUGACUCACAGCUCAGUCUUCAUCAAAGACUUCAUACUGGUGAGAAACCCUAUGCAUGCAAAGAAUGUGGGAAGGCCUUUACUCAAAGCUCGCAACUUAUUUUACACCACAGAAUUCAUACUGGUGAAAAACCAUAUAAAUGUGAAGAAUGUGGGAAAGCCUUUAUUCGCAGUUCACAACUCACUCGACAUCAGAAAGUCCAUACUGGUGAGAAACCUUACGAAUGUAAAGAAUGUGGAAAGGCCUUUACUCAGAACUCACAACUAACUUUGCACCAGAGACUUCAUACUGGUGAGAAGCUGUAUGAAUGUAAAGAAUGUAGAAAGGUCUUCACUCAGCUCUCGCAACUUAUUCUGCAUAAGAGGAUUCAUACUGGUGAGAAACCCUAUGAAUGCAAGGAAUGUGGGAAAGCUUUUAUUUGUGGCUCACAGCUCUCUCAACAUCAGAAAAUUCAUAAUGGGGAAAAGCCAUAUGAAUGUAAGGAAUGUGGAAAGGCCUUUAUCCGGGGCUCACUCCUUAUGCAACAUCAAAGGAUUCACACUGGAGAAAAACCCUACAAAUGUGAAGAAUGUGGGAAAGCCUUUAUCCGUGGCUCACAACUUACUCAACACCAGAGAAUUCAUACCAAUGAAAAGCCAUAUGAGUGUAAGGAAUGUGGGAAGACCUUCAGUCAUGGCUCACAGCUUACUCAACAUCAGAGAAUUCACACUGGUGAGAAACCCUACAAAUGUGAAGAAUGUGGGAAAGCUUUUAACCGUGGCUCACUCCUUACUCGACAUCAAAGGAUUCAUACUGGUGAGAAACCCUAUGAGUGUAAAGAAUGUGGAAAAAACUUUAGUCGUGGGUCAGAACUUACUCAACAUGAGAGAAUUCACACUGGUGAGAAACCCUAUGAAUGUAAGGAAUGUGGGAAGUCUUUUAUUCGUGGCUCACAGCUUACUCAGCAUCAAAGAAUUCAUACUGGUGAAAAACCAUACGAGUGUAAAGAAUGUAGAAUGGCCUUUACUCAAAGUUCACACCUUUCCCAACAUCAAAGACUUCAUACUGGUGAGAAACCGUAUGUAUGCAGUGAAUGUGGAAAGGCAUUUGCUCGUGGUUUACUACUUAUACAACAUCAAAGAAUUCAUACUGGUGAGAAACCAUAUCAGUGUAAGGAAUGCGGGAAGGCCUUUAUUCGUGGUUCUCAGCUUACUCAACAUCAGCGAAUUCAUACUGGAGAAAAACCAUAUGAGUGCAAGGAAUGUGGGAAGGCCUUCAGUCAUGGCUCUCAACUUACUUUACAUCAGAGAAUCCAUACUGGUGAGAAACCCUAUGAAUGCAAAGAAUGUAGAAAGGCUUUUACCCAGAGUUCACAUCUUUCCCGACAUCAGAGGAUACAUACUGGUGAAAAACCAUACCAAUGUAAGGAGUGUGGGAAGUCCUUUACUCGUGGCUCACAAUUAACUCAACACCAGAGAAUUCACAUCAGUGAAAAAUCCUUUGAAUAUAAGGAAUGUGGAAUAGAAUUUAAUCAUGGUGCACAAGUCUACAUAUGAAUUAUCUGAUUCUUUGUUCACAUUUUGUUCUUGUCAUCCACUGAAAGCAAAGACUUCCUACAGAUGUGAAUAUGGGCAUGGGGCACAUGUGAGAAUUUUGAUGGUAUAAUGAAAAUAUUAACUUAAUUCAGAUAGAAAAGCCUGUUGUUACUGGAAACCUACUACACUUUAGCAGAUUUAUAAAAUAGAGAAUUGCUAAUGUAGUAAACACAGGAAGGCCUCUAGCCACAGCACAGGUCUUUUCCAAGACUAUCUUGGCUCUGAGAAUUCUGCUUUGAUUUAACCAACUGUAAGCAGACCUAAGAAUAAACAGCAUCUUUCUCACUGUUCGUGGAAGUAUUGUGUCUUAUUAUUUAUAAGAACUCUUAGAAUAGUGCAUUGAAAGACUAUCACAAUCAUGUAUCAAAGCUAU